UUAACUAUGUACAGGUGGACAUGAAAUGUAAAUCUCCACUGAUUACCGAAAAGCGAUGGCGUUUGCCUCAAACGACGAACUUUAUCGCUUCAUUCCUAUCACAUAUAGAGUUUUUAUUUUCUUUAUUUUUCUAUUUUCUAUAUGAAUCAAAACCUUGCUAUUCCGGUUAAAGUAUGGCGUCAAUUCUGAGAAAAUCUUUACAGAGGAUAAAGUCAGGGGAGGAAACGAGCGCCAGCUUCGCUUGUUUGGUGGAUGAAGAAGGCUCUAACAAUGGAAACGGAAGAAGAUCCGACAAUUUGGCUUUGACUGCUAUUCGCAGGGCUUCAAAACGAAAAAUAAACCCAAGCUCUUCGGUAUUUGAUUUGAAACGCAGUAUUUCCAAUUCGGUUGAGCGGAACUUGACAGGAAAUAUCACUCUUCAUCAGGCUUGCAAAACAGGUGAUACGGCGCUUGUCCGUCGUUUCAUCGAGGAAGGAUCACCAAGCCUCGAUGCGUGCGACGAGUUGGGUUUCACUCCACUGCACUGCGCCGCUCGCUUCAACCAAUCAGAAGUCAUAAGACUGUUGCUUAGCAACGGCGCUGAUCCAAACAAGUUUAACCUGCACGAGACGCGCACGUUCACACCACUUCACACUGCCUGUUGGUACAAUGCGGGCAAGGCCGCGAGGGAACUGGUUCGUAGCGGAAGUGACGUAAAUUCAUUUUCUCCUUCCGGUCAUCAAGCUAUCCAUUGUGCUGCUAGACGCGCUGAUUCGGAGAUACUAGAGAUAUUACUGACGGAAGGUGUGAGCGACCCAAAUGCCGUAGACAACGAGGGAAUUUCCCCCCUUCAUAUAGCGGCAGCCAACGGGAGGGAAGAAGUCCUUAAAACCCUGCUUAUUCACAAUGCCAACUUGGAAUUGCGAAAUCACGAAGGCCUUACCCCGGCACAAGUAGCGUCACGGGAAGGUCACGUGGGUGCACUCAAGCUUCUCGUCCAAUCAGCUGAAAAUAAAGGUAUCCAGGCCUGUCACGUGCUUUGCGAAGACAUAACCAGCCAAUCAUGUUUAAGGAUCGCUGUGGAAAACAAAGAAGUCGAGAUUGCCAGAGUUUGUAUUGAGUAUGGAUGUCACGUGUCCAGAAUUGAGAGUGAUCACACAAGUCUUCUACACGUUGCUUGUAUUCAUGGAGACCUUGAGAUGGCGCAGUUGCUGGUGUCUCACAACGCAGACCUUAACCUGGAAGAUGGAGAUGGCAUGACGCCGUUAUUAAGAGCCAGUCUCUCAGGGAAUUGUCAGCUCAUCAGCUUUCUAUUGGAUCAGGGAGCUCGAGUACUCCUCAAUCCCGAUUCCUCGUGUCCCGCCCCCUCCCCCCUGAUGUGUGCAGUAAAGAGAGGUCAUCUAGACGCUGUCAGACUACUGCUGAGUAGGGACACGCCCAUCUCCAUCCGGGACAUAAAUGGACGGUGCUGUCUACACGUGGCCGUGUACUGUGAUGACGUCACGACAUUAAGGCUGCUUCUUGAGAAUGGAGGCAAGCGUUUGAUUGACUUACAAGACAAGAGUGAUAAAACACCUUUGCACUUCGCCGCAAUCGGCGGCAAUAUGCAGAUGGUCACGUGUCUGCUAGAGGCUGGUGCAAACCCUUCAAUCGCUGACGACGAAGAGAAAAUACCUUUACACCACGCCGCCGAAGUUGGCGAUUUAGAAUGCAUAGAAGCGCUCGUUCAAGCAUCGCCAGACUCGCCCCAGGCUACCGAUCACAGACUGCGUACUCCACUAGCUUAUGCAGCCAUGUCUGGGCAUGCGCAAUGCGUGGAAUACCUCAUUGGCCAUGGGGCUCCUGUUACCCUCAGGGACGACGAUCGCUUGGACGCUUUGCUUCUUAGCGCGAAGGCAUCUUCACCGGAAGUAAUCCAAAGUCUGCUUGACCACGGUGCAGACAUCGAGUCCCUUAGCAAAAACAGAGCGUCGUCACUGAGCGCGGCAGCGUUUUUCGGCAAUACGGAGGUUGUAAGACUGCUCCUUAACCAAGGAGCGCGAUUGGAUAAUCACUCAAGUUUCGGUGCGGGGUGCCUCGACGCUGCCAUCAGGGGCCGACAGAAAGAUGUCUGCAUGGAGAUAGUAAAACAUUCGAGAUGGCGAGAAGCUCUUCUUGUUUCCGAAGCUGAAAAACACGAUAUCAUGAAGUCCUUAAUUGGGGAAUUCCCGACCGCUGCAAAAGUUGUGAUGGAUAAAUGCGUAAUAUACUCAAAGCAUUUGAAGACAGAUGAUAAUUUCUCGGUUACUUAUAAUUUUGAGUUCAUGGAAUCUUGUCCAGAAGGCAAGAAGAUGAAGAAAAUGGGCACACAUUUCUUUGGGCCCCAGUGUAUGCUUGAGCAUCGUCACCGUGAACUUCUAUUCCAUCCCUUAGCGAAAGAGCUCAUCAAUAGAAAAUGGGUAACGGUGAUAGUUCCGAUUCUCUGGCUGUAUGUUGUCAUCUACGCGGCGUUCAUCUUGAAUCUCUCAAACUCGAUGACCUGCUUCCGCAAUUACGACCUGACGACAGGAGAGUACAAGGGAACAGGAGGGAGCAUGUGCACACCAGAAUCCCUUCAAAUUCAAAGCAUUGUGUUGGGCACACUGUCAGCCUUGUCUAUCCUUGGACAUUUCUAUCGAAUGAUCGUUGAGGGAUGGGGAUACGCAGAGAAAACAAGCCUGCUGAAACUGACCACUUUUUUAUUUGCCCUCAUCACGUCUGUGAUGGGGGUUUUUCCUGAGUUUCGUGUCAAUCAAUUCUCAUUUGGCGUCAUUACUGUGCUGUUUGCAUUCUUAACCGCAUCCUUCUUGAUCCAAAGUUUAUUCACGUCCGGAAUAUACGUCACCAUGUUGUUCGUCGUGUUAAAGACUCUUCUUAAGGUGGUCAUACUUUUCAUGGUUCUGUUCAUGGCAUUUGCCGUCAUCUUUUCGGUGUUGAUCUCCCGUCCUGAUCCGCAACUUUAUAGGACGAUUGCACGGAAUAAAACAGUCCAAAUCGAGCAACCGUUCCAGACGCUCUACUUGUCAAUUCUCAAAGUGGCUGCCAUGACGAUAGGAGAAUUGGAGUAUACGCGAUUCUUUGUCGAGCAACAUAACACCUACCCGACCCUCACAAACGCCAUCUUUAUCUGCUUUUGCGUCUUUAUGCCAAUCGUGUUGAUGAAUCUUCUCAUAGGCUUAGCGGUUGGUGAUAUUGAGUCCGUUCGCAUUAAUGCCGAGGAGCAGUUGAUGGCUCUUAAGAUACAUGCGAUCUACACCACGACACGCCAGCUUCCAGUAGCAAUAACACGCCGAUUUUACAAGCCCACGGUAAUCAGGUAUCCCAACCGUGAGAUCAGAUCACUGUGGACGCGGUUAAAAGGUUUAGGUGACAUACUGUUGCUAGGCAACGAGCAGGAAGCAACGGAGAAUCGCGCAAGCGAUAUGGAACGGGUCAGCAGUCUUACAGUUAGGAUGCAGGAGCAAGAGGAGAGGAUGAAGGCUCUUCUUACAGAGGUGUCGCAGCAACGAGAGAUUCUGAAGCGAAUCAUGAGCGCGCUUAGAUGAGAAGAUAGAAGAGUACUCUCCAAUUGGUGGGGAUGCCCCAAAAAGUUUUAAUUAACAUGCGAGGAUCGCAGAUUGACAAAGACUUCCUAACUAGGGGGAUUCCAUCGUGCUCUGAUGUGCACUGAAGCAUUUCUUUACCUGGUUUGCUAGUGAAGUUUAUGUCAGUCAGCACGUUUAUCGCAGUCUCAUUGAGUUUUUUUGGCCUACUUCACAAAACUGCCAAGGUGGCCACGCUAGCGCGCGUCGCAUGAAAAAACUGUCAAGAUGGCCACGGUGGCGCGCGUGGCAUGGUAAAACUGUCAAGAUGGCAACGCUAGCGCGCGUCAAAAUGUAAAAGAUAUCCUAGAGGAAAAAAAGGAGACAAAUGAUAAUUUAUAAUUUAGCAUGGCACGAGGGGAAUUUAGUGAUCAAAUAUACCCGCAACCGAGGGAUGAUUGGUUGACGUCCCGACGCCGCAGGCGCAUACUCUGGUCUUUUGGCGCAGGGUCUAUUCCUGCUCUAAUCAGGAAGAUGCCUUCUAUUUGUUUCCCUGGUGAAAACUAGAAGAGGUAUCUUGGUUCUAAAUUUCUUUCAUGCACUGAUGUAGAGGGAAAUUUAGAAGACAAAAGAUUCUUUUGUCUUUUUCUAAAUUUCCCUAAUUAUUAAUGUAUGAGGGAAAUUUAAAAACUAAAUGCCCCUAUCAUUAAUACAUAAGGGAAAUUUAGAAACUAAAUCUCCCUCAUCAUUAAUGCAUGAGUGAAAUUAAGGACCAUCUAUUGUUUUCGAGGAAAUUUCGUUAGUAAUCGUCUCUCAGAAUACAAAAGAAUCCGAGGUGAUCAUGGUAUCAUUCAGUAAACGCCUAUUUAAACAGCUCUUCUCAGUCUGAGGAAAGUGUGUGAUAGAAGAUCGGUAUAAAAAUGAUCAUUCAAAAGAUAAAACAAUUCUCAAACAAUCAGUCGAUUAGAGUAGUAUAUUUGCAUAUAUAUACAUCUGUAAUACACAUACAUGUUUCAAUUCUAUACAACUUUAAAAUCUUGGGUCACCGAUUCACGGGACAUGUUCUCUUGGUGUGACCUAAAAACAAGCAAAUUCAUUUAAGGAAUAACAGAACAAUGAACUGCAGUACUAGUACCCUAAACAAACAGGGAUGUUCUCUAUAAACGAGUAAAAAACCUAUAAAUAUUUCUAGGUUAUGAUUUUAGAUACUUGUAUCAUCACAGUGUUGAUCUGUAUUUAGAAAUCCCCAAAUAACGGAACUAUACUAAUAGCAAUCGCCACAUUGUA